UCACAUUCUUUUGUAUAUGAGUGUGUGCAUCACUGAGUAUGUCUAUAGGCUUGUCUCUGAGUGUGGAUUGUUUGUGGCCUGCCCUCUCUCUGUGUGCUCUUCCAAGGGGGAAAGUCUUGGACAGAAGCCUACAUACAGAGCCUCUAACCCAGCCAGUGGCAUUCUGACCCUGGCUCUUCCAGGCUCCAGUUAGGUUACAUCAGCCUCAGAGGGAGCACACAGCUUCUUAGUGUGCCAGACAAACAGGGAUGGCGCUGGGCUUUUUUUGUGGCAUAGAGGAUCUGCUGGCCUCUGGAAGUCAGUUAGUGUGGACUGUGGCUGAACAGGUGCUGAGGAGAUGCUACAGUGAUGGGCUUGUGCCCUGUAGGAGGUUCCUGCAGACAUGGUGUCAUGAUCUGGGAGAUGUCUACCAGAUGACGGAGGGCCGGCUGUGUCAGGUACUUCUGCUAGAUGACAGACAGCUGGAACUGCUAGUCCAGCCAAAACUGUUGUCCCGGGAUCUCCUGGAUCUGGUUUCAUCGCAUUUUAACCUAAAAGAGAAAGAAUACUUUGGAAUCUCCUUCAUUGAUGAGAAGGGCCAGACGAACUGGCUUCAGCUGGAUCGCAGGGUGCUGGACCAUGACUUUUCCAAAAAGAGUGGACCUCUUGAGCUCAAAUUCCAAGUCAGGUUUUACAUUGAGAGUGUUGCAUAUCUGAAAGAUGCUACCACCGUUGAACUGUUUUUCAGGAAUGCUAAGAUAUCUGUCUACAAUGAAAACAUUGAAGUGGAGAGUGAAAUCGUUUUUAAGUUAGCCGCAUACACUGUUCAGGAGGCAUGCGGAGACUACACAAGUGAUGAAAGCACAAGAUCAGACUUAAAAAAGCUUCCAGCUUUACCCACUGCGGUAUUGAAGGAGCACCCAUCAUUAGCAUUCUGUGAAGAUAAAGUUAUCAAGCAUUAUAAGAAGCUGAAAGGCCUCAGUCGUGGACAGGCUAUCAUACGGUAUCUGACCUUAGUUGAAUCCUUGCCUGCAUAUGGAGUACAUUACUACAAAGUGAAGGACAAACAGAGCAUACCGUGGUGGCUGGGCAUUAGCUACAAAGGCAUUGGCCAGUACGACCUGCAAGACAAGCUCAAGCCACGAAAGCUCUUUCUGUGGAAACAGCUUGAAAACCUGUAUUUCCGAGAGAAGAAGUUUGCCGUAGAGGUCAAUGACCCUCAGAGAACAACUUCUAGACGCACAUUUGGUCAAUCUGGUCAGGUCAUCUACGCGUGGUAUGCCAGCCAUUCUCUGAUCAAAACCAUCUGGGUGAUGGCCAUCAGCCAACACCAGUUCUACCUGGACCGCAAACAGAGUAAAGCUAAAAUAACUACAGCAAGAAGUUUGGGUGAUAUUGCCAUGGAUCUCACAGAGACUGGUGCUCCAAGGAACAGUAAGCUGGUCAGCAUGGAGAGUAAAGACAAGCUCAUCAUGGCCAGCAAUGGAAGUUUGGUCUCUUCCAAUUCUGGAGACAAUGAAGUGAAUGAGGAACAGAAGAAAGAGAAGAUUGCAGAACUGAAGAGCAAACAGGAGAACAUAAAAAAAAUUCUGGCACUCAAGGAAGAAGAGCUGAAGAAAAUGUGCCUCCGGGAAGCUGAGUUGACUGGUGUGUUACCUAAGGAGUAUCCUCUGGCACCAGGAGAAAAGCCCCCUAAUGUUCGAAGGCGCGUGGGAACUGCUUUCAAAUUGGAUGACCUUUUCCCUUAUGAUGCGGAUCCUCAUUUAAGAAAUUUGGAGAGCUGCUUUGCGCUCCAGAAGAAGAUUGUGGAGGCAGCGAAAAAACUUGCCUAUGAAAAUGAGCUCUGUAAAACUGUGAAGAAGAAACGCAGGAGGAACCUUUUGGAUGCUACCAAAAAACUCCAGGAGAUUGAAAAUCAGAUUAAUGAUUACAGAGUGAAGAUCGGCAAGGAGCCCACGCAAAGAGCUUCCGUCAUCAUCGCUGAUCAUGUGAACCUUGACAGCCUUUCUGACUGCUUGAAUUUGGAAGAUGACGAGCCAUCGCAGAGACAACGUUCACGUUCAGUGCAGUAUUCUCCACGUCCCAACUCGUCAAACUCCUUUGCUGCAUCAUACCAUUCAGAUCACAUAGAUCACGCCAAUGAUGACUACCAGGACUGCAGCAGAUUAAAUUAUGGUGAAGUCCAAGAACCUGUGGCCUAUAUACAUGGAGAUGCCUUAUCGACACACAGCAGUCCUUACCGUCUACCCUCUCGCCAACCAUGUGACUCGCGGAGCAUGCCCCCCACCCCUCAACUUCCCCGCAACGCCUACAGCAGCAUCCAGCUCAGCACUCAUUUUCGGCAACGCAGCGGCAGUCUGGAAUCUCAGUCACAGUUCCUUACGGAAAGCGAGCCAUCCGAGCCUGUCUUCACCAUCUCUCCUCCUCGCCGUAGCAAUAGCACUGAGAUACUUGAUGAUGGUUCCUCCUACACCAGCCAAUCCAGUGUGGAGUACUCUGUACCCGGCUGCCAUUCCCGUGCUAAAAACCGCCAUCGGCGGAGGCAGGGUAACAUAUAUGCCAACACGGGCAGCAUGCCUAACCUAGCACAAAACGAGACACGGGGUUAUACACCCCAACCUCCGCAACAACCAACCACCACAGCCUAUUACGUUACUGGAUAUCCACGGUACAUCGAACCUGAGGUGUACCCUAAUGGACCGUACAUGUACGAGACUGAGAUGGAAGGACACUAUAAUGUUAACCCGUCCUACUACAGACAUGACCCUCAUGGGAACUAUGGCCAGGAUGAGAUCGACGGUUUGGCUCAUAACCUUUAUGCUACAUUAAGGCCGUCAAGGAACCGUCCUCCAUCCAGGAAUGAGAAUAUUGUCAAAAACAUGCAAAGGGCUGAAGUGGUGGAACACUUGCGUGGUUGGUACAACCGACAGCACAGACAACAAGGGUAUGAUACCUACAGGGGACCGCAGCAGAACCUGGGCUACAGGACCAUGUCAUCGAGUUACGUACGCAGUGACAGUACUACUUCCUACUCGACAGUGGGUUCGGGAAACUGGCACGGUCGACCAGUUAUGGCAAUGUCAGACUACAAUAUGCCUCCCGCACACCAUCAGUCCUACGGCUACAACACUGUCCAUUACAGCCAACCGUUACACAGCAGAUCCUACAUAGACGUUAACCACCAUGAUUCACACACAAGCAGCCCGAUGGACAGCAGUUUUGACUCUGAAGACCAGCAGACGCUCUGUUGGCAUGAGAACUCUAAACCUGGAACAAUAGUGUAGAGAGUGAGAGAAACUGUUCACUCUCAUGUGCCUUGUUCUCAUCACAUUUGUUAAGUUCCAAAGGUAGGAAUGUUGCCAGAUGAGAGCCUUAAAACAUGCGUGUGAAGUAGAUCCUGCUAAGCAACUCAAGAAUGGACAAUGCAUUCUGUUUGUGAACAAACCUAUGGGAUAGCACUUUGUCUUCAAGACACAGCUGCUGUGGAAACUUUGGGUGAAACUUUUGAUGUUGUGGGCAAAAUGAACUGGAUACAUCGCCCAAAUACACACUGAGAAUGAAGGAUAUUGCAACAUUAAUAUUUCAUCAGGCACAAGCAAACAAUUAUAUGAAGGAUUGAAACCAGAUUUUUCUCAUGUGCAGAACCCUCACCAAAAAAUUCCACAAUGCUUUUCCACACUUGGAUUGUUGUUUGUGCUGACCUCGACAAACAUUUUUUACAGUGUUUUUUGUGUGUUUGUAAACUGAGUACUUGGAAUGUGAUGGUGCAACAACAUUCUUUUCAUAUAGUAUUUUCUCAUUCAUCAGGUUGAAUUUUAAUGCAUUCACAAUAACAAGUAUCCAUCGUUUCUGGCUUUGUACUGGGACCAUUUAAAUUUGGUUCACAACCAGCAGGGCUGUUUUUUUUAUUCGUGCACAACUGACAUUUGUACCAGUUACAAGCAAUGUUUCUGUACUAGCAAAUCAUGUCUAUCAACAUGUUACUUUGCAUCAGUCAGUGCCAAGUAUUCAUUUUCUUUUCUAAUCCUGUUAAAACGGACUGCAACAACUCGAAUGAUUGAAACAUGACUGUAUGAGGGUAUAAUUGUUUUUAUACUGUCACUAACAAUUAUCCAGGUACAAUAAUUAUGGACAUUUACUGCACUUUUAUACUCUAAUGGACUUUGCUCACUCUGAAAGAUUGGAAACCGUGACAGAGCACACAGCAUCUCUCUUUCUCUUUAGAAGGGAACUGUAUAUGUUUGUAAAUACUGUAAAAACAUUUGAUACAUUUUUCAUCUUUUAGAGAGAUUUGUUUUUAUCAUUUUGAAAGAUUUGUUUUUAAAGCAUAUAAUAUAUAGUUUGGAUUUCUCAAGCUGGUUCUUAGUCAUUUGUCUAAAAAAUUCAUUGGAAUUAAAAUAGAAAACCAA